UCGUCGGACAAACGCUUCCCUAUUCUUGUAACCUUAUUAGACCUCUCUCCUGUCCGUGACUGGCGAUGAGUCUUCUUCUGUCGCGCUUUUCUUCGAACAUAUGGUGCGCUUGUUAUGGUGUACCUAGAGCUUUUAGGGUUCUCUUAUACUCUACCCAAACCCUAAUCUCCUCAUCUUCGAAGGACACUCUGUACGAGAGGAUUUUAACUGCUGGAGAGCAUAGGGGAUCAAUCGUCCCGGUCCUCGAUCAGUGGGUUGAAGAAGGACGAACCUUCAACGAAUAUGAUCUCAAAAUCAAAAUUAAGCUCCUCAGAAAUUACAAACGCUUCUCUCAUGCUCUUCAGUUAUCUGAAUGGCUGAGGAACAAAAGGUACCUUCACCUAUCGUCACCCGGUGAUGUUGCUGUUCAGUUGGAUUUGGUCUCAAAAGUUCAUGGCUUGGAAGAGGCAGAGAAGUACUUUAGUAACAUCCCAGACGGUUUGAGAACCUACCAUGUUUACAGUGCUCUUUUAAAUUGCUAUGCAUACGUGAAGUCAGUGCAGAAAGCAGAGACGAUCAUGCAGAAAAUGAGGGAGUUGGGGUUUCUGAAAAUAUCACUGCCUUACAAUGUUAUGAUGGACCUCUAUGCCAAGAUGGGAAAGCGCGAGAAAUUAGAUGCCCUCUUUCAAGAAAUGGAAGAGAGGGGAAUGGUUCAUGACAAAGCCACAUCCUAUAUUCGGUUAAAUUCAUUUGUAACUGCUUCUGACAUAGAGGGAAUGGAGAAGCUUCUUAUGAAGAUUGAAUCCGAUCCUCUGUUCACCCUGCAUUGGAAUACUUAUGUCAUUGCAGCAACUGGUUACUUGAAAGCUGGCCGUGUAGAAAAAACUUUGGAAAUGCUGAAGAAAUCCGAGCAACUCUGUGUCUGUGAUGGUAAAAGAAGACGCUUUGCUUAUGGAAUUCUCCUUACAAUUUAUGCUAGUCUGGCUAGAAAAGAUGAGGUGUAUCGCCUAUGGUAUUUGCUCAAGAAAAUGGGGAAAGUAAACAAUAAGGGCUAUUUUCGUAUGAUAAGCUCAUUAGUCAAAUUGGAUGACAUUGAUGGAGCUGAGACAAUCUUUGAGGAGUGGGAAUCUCAGUGCUCGUCCUUUGAUUUUCAAAUUCCAAACUUGCUGAUCAACGUUUAUAGCAAGAAAGGGCUUUUGGAGAAGGCUGAAGCAUUCGUAAAAAGGGCUGUAGAGAGAGGAGGGAAGGAGCCUCCGGCCGGAACAUGGGAUCAUCUGGCAACUGGAUACUAUAAAGAUAAUCAGAUGGCAAAGGCAGUGGAGAACAUGAAGAAAGCAAUCUCGGCCAAUCCAUGCGGAUGGAAACUAAACCGUGUUACUUUGAAGGCAUGCCUAGAAUUCUUGGAAAAGAAUGGGCACGUGGAAGCAAUAGAGGAGUUCACAAGAUUACUUGGUGAACAUGGUCAUUUCUCAUAUUUGCCUGGAGAAAAUGAUAUCAAAGAAAAUUCUGCUAGGUUAAAAUAUUUAAAUAAGUUUUCAAAACUUCUUAGCCGUUAAAUUGUGAGGUGUGAAAAAUUAUGUAAGGGUGAUCAUCUCUCUGUGAGCGUGCACAUAGAUGAACUUGCACGUAGGGAGGCUGUAAAGGCUUUAGGACAGUGCAAUAUAAUGCGCUUCUCCAUUAUACAAGCCAGAAGCUUUUGUAUUCUUUACUUUAUAUUCAGUAUUAAUUUUAUAUA